UAACUUUAUAAAAUCCCAUCAAUUUCUUCGAAUGUGUUGUCUGAAUCAGACGGUCGGAUUUACUUUGAUUUGUAUGUAACUAGUCCUGUUGAGUAAAAUAACUUCCAAUUAUAAAUUUUUUUAUAUGUAUUAGUUAUAAGUACAGUGUAUUUCACGUAGACAAGCUUUAUAUCAACGGAAUAAAAACCAAUGUUUAUUUAGCUAAUUCUAUAUCACACACUACAGAACUUUCUCUCAACUGUUCUGUCUAAUAACAAUAAUAAUUUACACAGUACACUGUAAUCAAAUUGCACACCACAGUUAUAUUUUAUACUUAAGCUGAAUGUGAUUGCGUAAAAUGGAUAAAAUCAAAUUGUUUUGGUCAAAAACCAACCGAUGGCAUCGCUUGAUCUUCCUGUUCAUAGUAGUAGAACUACGUUUGUUGCCAAGUGGUCAGCUGGGCUUCCUAUGCAACGACCCCGCUCUUUCGCACCCAUUCACAGGAGACACCAUCAGCUGGAAAUGGCUCCUGGGAACAACUCUGUUUCUGCCUUUUAUUGUUAUGCUUAUAGUAGAAAAAAAAUACAAUUCUGACAGCAAGACGGACCAAUCUAAACAGCGAGCAGUAUUCUGGUACAAAGAGUACCUAUUUGGCACUCUCAUCAAUUUGACCAUAGUGCAAUUGUUGAAGGUUCUGGUGGGGUCUCCGAGGCCACAUUUCUUUGACACCUGUAACCCCAAGGAGGCUGAGACAUGUGAAGCAUCAGAGUUCGUCUCGAGCUACACAUGCGCAAAGGCACACUGGAUCAGUCAGUCGGACAAGAGCUUCCCCUCCGGUCACACCUCGUUAGCUAUACACGCGGGUGUCUUCAUUGCUUAUUACCUCCAUCAACGAACGCGCCACAUACCGCGUUCCCGCGCAAUCGUCUGCGUACAAAUACUCAGUGUUGCCAGUGCGAUAAUAUGCGGUAUAUCCCGGAUCAUAGACAGGAGACAUCACUGGUGGGACGUGUUGGCCGGGGCAUUUAUUGCUGCACCCAUAUUGUUAUAUACUAUUCGCACCUUAUGUGGCAACUUCAACGGUUCCAGAGUAAGUGAGGUCGAAAACAAUAGUGAUAAUAAUUCCAAAAUAAAUGACCCUAAUGGCGGAAGAGCGGAUAAUGUCGCGACGUAACCAAAGAUAUGUAUAUUGUGAUUGUACGUUUUUAAAAGAUAACUAUUUAUUUAUUUUUAAACGCGGGUAUUUUUCUAUAGUAGUAAGUACCAGAAUCUAAAUGCUGAUUCAUAAACCUUUUAAGAAAACAUUUUACAUGACGCUUUUGCUUUGAAUUUGGAACGGACAAGGCGAUCUUAUAUUUUUUAUCGUGAGAAGUUUUUUAUACAAGUACCUUUAAAUGCUUAUCUAUUUGUAAGGAAAUCCAAUAAAGAAAGCGCCUAUUUUGAAAUUGGAACUGCUUUGGCGUUCUUAUUUUUUACGCGGGUAUAUUGGUAAUUGGUAUAAAAUAAUUAAAAAUACUAAGUUAUUUGUAAAAUCCAGACAACGAUACGCGAAUAUUUUUUAUUGGCUGACAUGAUAUAAACCAAUCAGACAAUGUCAACAUAAAAUGGACCGCUGUGAUUGGUCGGUCUAAUGUUAUUCCAUUUCUGUGAGAAGAAUACGAUUUAAGAUUAAAUAAAAUAUAGUUAAGGAUAUGAAAUAACUCCCUUUUCUAGAAACAUUUCAUGAUAUUUGGUAUUAAAUGCCUAUAUUUUAGUUUUUGUGUAAAUGUUACCCUGUGAUAAUGUUUAUAUUUCUUUAUAUCACACCGUAAAAAUAUUUAUUUAUUUUGUGUGUACAUUUUGUUUGUUUAUUUAUACCUAAUUUUAUUAAUUUAUUCAAUCAUGUUUCAGAAACUCAUCAUAAUAUUGAUUAAUAAAAUUAAUGUUGUAGUUAAACAUAGCUACAUAUAUUAUAUAAGAAAAACUGAAAUAAAUUUAAUGUCAAUCAAUUAUCGAAGUUUUCUUAACCUUAACAGAUUUUCCUAAAAUUUGUAUAUUAUUUUUCGAAUAAGUUUACUUGUAUUGUAAGUUGACAUUCGAGAUUUCACUCAGUUUCACUCGCAAACCAAACGAUUAUUUUUCGAUUUAAAGACCUCAUUGCGAUCCACUCAGUUAUUUAGGUCGGCUUUACCUGUCAUAGCAUAGGUAUAUAUAGACACACACAACAGCUACUUUAAUCUUACUACUUAUGUAAAACUAAUAAUUAUUUUCAUCUAUACUUAUAAAUAAUUGAUAAUAUUUUUCCCGGCGACUGUACAAACAAAACCAGUUUAAACUGAAAUUGUUAGAAACUCGCGCUUUAUUAUGCACUGUAAACUUCAUUCUAAUUGCUCAAAACAACGUUAAUUAACAGUUAUUAUGCAAGUUGGUCGGAAAGUUGUUCAAAUAUUCAAUAAUUCGUUAUCGCGACCGAUUUCAGAUCAUUUGUAAUGGAAAAUCUAUGGUUCCAUUGUGGCUUAGUUAGGUUAUCGGAAAGGGCAGAUCUAGGCAUAAAUUUUGUGCUGGAAUAAGCAACGGGAAGUAUUUAAAUAAAAAUGUACAAAUAGUGUGUUGAUAUGAUGAUGAUGAUAUAAUCUCAGUGGAUAUUAAUUUAUUUUAUUGACUGAGAUUUUUCAAAAAAAAAACAUCAAAUUCGGUGGUGCAUGAAGAUUUAA